AUGCACAUCGAAGAUCUCAAUCUGGACAUCCUUGCUGUCAUUUUCGAGUUCUGUGCGGACAAUACAGAAACGCGCUUGGCAUAUCCGAGUCCGCAUAAUCAUCUGGGAUGGACGCGUCUUGCGGGAGUGAACCGGCGAUGGCGUGGACUGCUUCUCGCUAUGCCACGGCUCUGGGGACUAGUCGUAUCAUAUGCCCCAUCCAAAACGAUGUUCGACAUCUACCUUUCCCGCUCGCGGAACGCCCCGAUAGUGCUCUACUACCCGCCUUGGGUGAACUAUAAUGGUACCACCAUCUUUCCGAUCAAAUCGAUUGACCAUGACUUGGUUCCCCGAGCACAGACACUCAUUGAUCACGGCUACGCAGAGCACAAUCGAUUGAUAUUCACCGGACGCACUCUUCCCUUGCUCCAAUUCUUCCGCACCGCCAACUGCCAGGAUCCCGACCAUCCCCUCGUCGCCCCGUCCUUGCUGCACCUGCACUCUUCCGGCAUCCAGCUAUCGAUUCAGGCUCCGAAUCUACGUAUCUUGUACAUUGAAUACAGCCGAGAUGACCGGGAGCGACUUGUGGGGCUACCAGCCGCUUUAGCGGCGUAUCCUUGCUUGGAAGAGGUCACGAUCGAACCUGAUGCUUAUUAUAAACGGCUUGACUGGCGCGAUCUCCAUCUUGAUAUCAGGGCGGGUAUAGCAAAUUUGGACCGAGGACAGCUACCGGUCCAGAUGCCUCGCCUUCAGACCUUCACGAUCUCUGCUAGCGCCUUAUACCUCGCUUUCUUCUGGCGCUCUGUCGUCCUAUCUCAUACCGCAACCGUCCAAUUCACCGCGUCGGGCGGUUAUGUUGCGGAUAACGUGGAACUCCUCUCGGCUAUUCAAACGCGCCUUUCCAGCCCUUUGUGCGACACACUGAGCAUCGCGGCUCAUUCACGCGUAAAGUUUGAGGACCGUCGUGGCGAGUGGCAGGUCACGAAGGUCGUGCUGUCUCGCGGGACAGAGUCUGAUUCGAUCGGAUCGUGCACGGUUGCGUUUGUGGACGAUACGGGUCAUUCCGCGUUCACGAGUGCAGUCCUCCUGCAUUCCGGCCCCGUUGGCGAAUACCUGCGCACGCUGGUCUUGGACUUCGACACGAGGAGGAAUAGCGUGCCACCGCUGGCGUCAUACUUCGAGGGUGCUUAUGCGUCCAUUGAGACUCUAAAGCUCCGCGGUACCGCCUCUACACUGGGGGAUUUUCUCGACGUCUACGAGCUCCCCCAUCUGCAGACGUUGGUCUUUGAUUGCAGAGACCAGUACGACGCCAGAGAGAUGGAGUGCCUUCUAAGGCAACUACGAUCGCGUCAGUCGAAACUCCGGCGUCUUGUUCUGCGUGGCGAAACGACAUUCACCGAUGAGGCGCAACUGAAGGGAGAGAUCGGGACGUUGCGCCUGAACAAGGCAGCAGAGGUCGUUGAAGAUGAACGAACUUGGGUUGUUUGA